GCUCCCCACUCCACUUCCGCGGCCGUGCAGCGUCGGCUCCGCUCCGCUCCCCCCCCAUCUUGAAACGAAACGAAGCGAAACCCCACAAACCCCAAAAACCACGGGGAGAUUCCGCGAGAUCUGAGCGCCAUGGUGGCCGCCGGGGCAGCAGCGGCCGCGCCCCGGCUCAACCCGUCGCCGUCCCCGCACCGCCGCCGCGCCUCCUCCGCGCUCUCCCCGGCCAAGUCCAACGCCAACGCCAACGCCGGCGACGCGCGGCCCAAGCCCAAGGCCAAGGCCGUCUCCUCCCGCUACCUCCUCGCGCCCUCCUCCAGGUCCACAUCCACCUCCACAUCGACCUCGACCUCCACCACCACCACCUCCUCGAGCUCCAACUCCACCUCGACCUCGGCCUCCACGCCCUCCCGCCGCUUCGCGUCGCCGCUGCCGAGGCGCUCGGUCUCCGUCGACCGCCCGCGCCCGGGACCGGCGGGCAAUGCUGCCGUCGGGGAGGCCGGGGGGCCCAAUGCCGGCACCACCACCACCACGAGGAGCCUCUCCGUGGCGUUCCAGGGCCGGUCCUUCUCCUUCGAGACCAGCAAGGUGAAGCCGGCCACAUCCCCGUCUCCGUCGCGGCGGCCGGUGGCUUCGGCGGCGGGGGUCAUCACGCCGGAGAGGAGGAGGCCUGCUAUGGGGACAGUGCCGGAGAGGGGGAAGGGGUUUGAGGGCGGGGGCCAUACCCACCACAGAUGGCCAAUGUCCGCGAGGUUGUCGCAGGGGUUUGAGGGAAAUCCGCUUACCAAAAGCUUGGAUUGCUCUUUGCACAAGAGGGACGCGGCUGUCCUUGCUGCUGUCCGGUCGCUGCGGCAGUCCAUGGUGUUUGAGGAGGGGGGUCGACGUUCCUCAUUUGACAGUGGGGACUACCUGAUGUCGUCUGACACAGAGAGUGUGUCGUCUGGGAGCAAUUCGGGGUCUCAGGAUGCUGGUAUUGGCAUAUCCCACAGAGGACGCCAGUCGUCUAAGGGGAUGAGUGUGCCCGCACGGUUCUUGCAGGAUGCUGCUGCCAGCAGGUCGCAAAGAUUUGCAGAUCCAGGCACACCAUACUUGCCGUAUACCUCUGGAUUGGCCGCAUCUCCAAGGACAGCGCCGGUCAAGAAAUCACUGUUAAAUGGCUUUGCUUCAUCUCCACUGAAUCGGCCAAUCAGGCAAUCUUCACCAAGUAAGCUUACAGGUAAUCCAUCGAGGAGGAUGUCAAGUCCAUCACGGGCAAGAAACUCUGUGGGGUCAGGCACUUCAUCUUGGGAUCAUCAGGGAAGAAGUUCAUCCGGUUAUGGUAUAAAUGGUGAAGCGAGGAGGAGGUGGCAUGGGGGUAGUAAGGUCGACUGUGAGCACCUAUUGAGAAUUUUGUCCAAUCGGCAGUUGCAGUGGCGGUGUGUGAAUGCACAGGCUGAUGCUGCACUUGCUGCACAGAAAUUGACUGCAGAGAAAUUCUUAUCUGAUGCCUGGAUUACUACCCUAGGGAUGCGUAAAUCUGUUGCUCUUAAGAGAUUCCAGCUACAGUUAUACCGAAACAAUUGGAAACUCAUGACAGUUCUAAAGGGACAGAUGGCAUAUCUUGAAGAAUGGUCUUUAUUAGAGAGGGACUAUACAGAUUCUUUAUCUGGAAUUGUGGAAGCUCUAACUGCCAGCAUUUUGUGCCUUCCUGUUACUGAUGGAGCAAAGGCUGAUAUCCAAGAUGUGAAAAAUGCCGUUGGCUCUGCUGUUGAUAUCAUGCAAACAAUAGGAAGUUCAAUAUGUACUUUAUUGGCUAAGCUUGCUGGAACAAGUAUUUUGGUUUCUGAUCUUUCCAAAGUUGCUACCCAAGAGGGCACUCUAAUGGAGCAGUCCAGAGAAUUGCUGUCCACACUUGCAACAAUGCAUGUCAAGUACUGUAGCCUACAAGGACAGAGAGUACAGACAACUGACAGGAGGUCCAUGCAUACCUAGCCAGACUACUAUAACCCCCACUAACGGAAGAAUGUAGGUGCAAUUGCAGAUUCUGGUGGCUUGGUUGGUGCCCACUGAGCAAUCUGACUCCUCUGAAGAUGCUACCUAGUCUAGCUCCAGUAGUCUUGGCAUGAAUAUGGCCCUCUAGUUAUGAUUGCUGAGUUGAUGUAGCUAGCCAGAGCAGAACAGAUGGAAUGCAAUGUAUAUAGAUGUAUCUCAUUUUGUUGGUUUUAGCUGAGGAUUAGGCUAGAGCUAACUAGCUAGAUUGGGUUCUUUUUGUUCACAUCAGAUGACUAAUGACCACCAGGGCAAUGCAAUAUAACUUCUUGCAGUGCAUUAGAUUGCUCACCUUCGAAAGAAA